CUCUCAUCGAUAAGACGCCCGCCGACGACGAAGACGACGACGAUCGCACGCCACACGACGUCCAGUCCACCGGCGCCAUCGAAACCUCACCGACGUCUUUGUCCGUCUAGAGAAAAGGGUCGUCGUCGUUGUCGUAGUAGUAGUAGUCGCACCAUCAUACCUGAGUCCCGAGCUAGCAAACGUCCACGACAGCAUACGACACGGUUCGGUCAGACGCGACAAACGAUCCGGGACCCAACCACCGCGACCUGCUGAUAUCAGCCGCCAUCGCGUAUUUCGACGGUUGUCACCGCGAUCACGAUCACGGUUGCCGAAAGCACGCAAGGGACAAGCCGCUGCAGCAUAUCCGCGUGUAGCCCGUGCCACUAGCAUAAUUUUAUAAUAUUACAUUAUAAGCUUGAGAAAUUCAGAGGCUGACUUGCGAACGGAACUCGUCGUCUAAACCAGGCCGUCGUCCUUCUACGUAGGGUCGUCGACGAUCCUGCAGCAACACCAGCACCAGCAGUUACACGGACGCGGUCGUACGCACAAAAGCGCGGCCCGACAGCCAUACAAUGAUAUUCUCGAAAUGCCAGUACGCGGCGUUCACGUUAUUACUGAUUCAGAUGAGAGUGCUAUGCCAGGAAUCGAUCACCACGGAAGGAGGCAUGGUGGUGGGCAGUGGCGCUGGACCAACGGAACUCUAUCCGAACGGUGAAGAAGGUGUCGACGAUGUCGGCAGGGAGAAUGUGUUCGUGCUCAAUGACACCAGGGAAGCUCUAUCUCACGACGGUAGCGAACACAAUUCGGUGUUGUUCGUUGGUGACAGUUACGUGCCAGUCACUACUCAGCUCCGAUCCAGACCCAUAUCGCCGGCCGACUCGACCGUGCUCGACUGGAGACUGCAAACCGUGGAGAGUUGGGACGGACGGCGGCACGGCAAUAACAAGACACGUGUGCAACAUAUCGAAGCUGAGUGCCAAGAUGAUUAUAUGAAAAUUCGCAUCGGUUUCAACGGCUCCUUCGGCGGUCUGCUGUACUCGUCUGGAUAUUCAUACGACCCGGACUGCGUUUAUAUCAACGGCACUGGUCGGGAUUACUACGAGUUUUAUAUACAGCUGAACCGUUGCGGUACGCUGGGAAAGAACUCCAGACAAGAGGACGCCAGGAAGAAUCCAGCGAAAAAUCUCAUGUGGAACACCGUAACCGUCCAAUACAAUCCGCUGAUUGAAGAGGAAUGGGACGAACACUUCAAGGUGACUUGUGAAUACGGCUACGAUUUUUGGAAGACUGUGACAUUUCCAUUUUUAGACGUUGAAGUGGCUACCGGCAAUCCGGUCGUAUUUACACUGUCGCCGCCUGAGUGUUACAUGGAGAUACGGUACGGAUAUGGCACUACCGGAAACAGGGUUGGAGGACCUGUACGCGUCGGAGAUCCGCUGACUUUGAUCAUCUACAUGAGGAGCAAAUAUGAUGGUUUCGAUAUUGUGGUGAACGAUUGUUAUGCGCACAACGGAGCGCAGAAGAAGAUUCAACUCAUCGAUCAAUACGGAUGCCCUGUCGACGACAAAUUGAUCAGCCGAUUCAGAGGAUCGUGGAGCGAAAGCCAAGUGUUUGAGACCCAAGUGUUUGCUUACAUGAAAACGUUCAGGUUCACCGGGUCACCGGCUCUUUACAUUGAAUGUGACGUCCGGAUGUGUCAUGGCAGAUGUCCGAGUCAACCGUGUCACUGGAGGAAUGCCAAGAGCGUGUCGAAACGGUCCACUGACGUGGAGGUAGCAACGACCCCGGCGGCCCUUUCACAGAACAUCAACUUGUUCCAGUCUUUGAGAGUGCUCCAAGAGGGCGAAAACAGCGAAGACGCUAGUGCACUUAGUAACAGAACCACAGGAUAUUACACGGACAACAGCCAGAAUUCAGUGUGCGUGAGGUCCGGCUUGCUAGCCGGUCUGCUGGCGCUCGCCUCCACAGUGCUGUGUUUCCUCAGCUUGGCGCUGACCGUCAUGUGUUACCGGUCCAAACGACUGGUCAAGGGGUGCGCCAAUGAUCCAGCUCAUCACGUGAUCGCAGCCGCGCCGGCGAGAUGUUUCCUCACACACAAGGGCAGAAUAAACUGACGGGGGUCGACUUGACCACCGGCAGGGGGGGUAUGGGAAUAGCAACCUGUAUUUUUUUUUUUUUUUUACAAAAUAUCGUCAGGUACAAAAACAUUUAACAUUAUCAUAUCAUAAUAUCGUGUGUAUACAAUACUAUAGUUAAUACUCUCAUCACUCGCAUAUCGGACUUAAUAUUAUCAUAUUUUCUACAUACAUUUAUAUAUAUAUAUAUAUAUUUUUAAAUCGUAACUACUAUUAUUACUAUUAUUAUUAUUAUUGUUGUUAUCAUAUGGUAUUGCAGCGCUGCAGACGUUUGAAAGAAGACAGAGGAUUACCGUGACUAGAUCGCGUACAGACGAAACGAUUCUCGCCUUUGUUUUAAAAGAAUAUAAUUAUAUUAUACGCUAUGCAUUCUUAAAUUACAGUCAGACGUUGUUUUUGUCGAGUCGAUAAUUCGUUAUCCCCGGCACGCUCGCGGACACUUUAGGCGUUCUAGAUGGGCCUUGUCGUUUUUGUUUGUCAUCUCUAUAAUAUUAUUUAAAUAAUAAUAUCAAUAUAUUCACUUGCAAGCAUCGAUCCGUAAUAUUCAUUUGAUGUUGUUUAACUGAAUAUUUCUCGACUUGUCUGUAUGCGAUUUCUCGUCUGAAACACGUGAUAAUAAUAUUAAUAAUAUAUAAUAAUAAUUAAAAUAUUUACUGUCCUUUUAAUCAUGUUUCACGGGACAAAUUAUAUUUUAAUAAUUUAAGUCAGGUUUAAUGCACUAUUUAUACGAAAUCAACGACAUCUUAAUGUAAUUUUUUUAAAUCUUUUUCAAUUAUUAUUAUUAUUAAGACGAAGAGAAUAAAACAAAUGGGCCAUACUAAAAAAAAAGAAAGUAAAUAAAUAAUAUUGUGUCAAUUAAUUUGUAUACCAUAAUAUCAUAAUAGUUGCUAUUUGCUGAUGCUGUAAUAAGCGUGCAACAUAUGCGUUCAUACUAUUUAUUCUUGAAAACAUAAUUACAAUAAUAUUAUAAACGGUCAUGUCCGGUCGGUGGCUUCUUCAUAUUACACAGUUUUAAAUAUUAUAUGUAUUUUUAUUUCGCUUUCGAAAGGCAUUCAUGAUAAUAUUUUCGGCUGUUAUUCAGUUUCUGCGAUAAAUGCCCAUGGUCAGCGACGACUUGUUAACGAUUUUAUGACUUCCUGAUCUCCUAUACAUUAUACUUGGAUACGCGAAGAUUUUCGAAAUGUAAAUUGUUACAUACGACACACAGAUUUUAAAAUUAUUUUAAAUACAUCGAGAAAUUCGUUUUGGUACAUCAAUAUUUUGAUACGAAAUAUUAUGAAAUUAUGCAAUAGAUUCGAUAGAAACUAUUACAGCCGCCGAACCAUUGACAUGUAUAUUCGCCCUACGUGUCUCUGUAUUAUAAUGAUAUAUAUUCACCUCUCGAUCUACAUACUGUAGAAAAAUCAUUUUUCACUCAUCCACCGUGUCUACCUCUCAUAAAAGCUCGCUCCAUAUUCUCUCACGUAUGUCAUUGCGAUUCAUUUCGGUUUCACUAACGAAAUGAAAUCGUUUUAAUAGUACCUAGUUAAGCAUUAUAUAUAUAUUAAUUAUACAUAGUACUUAAAAUCGUAUCUUAAAUUGUGACGUUCUACGAUAAUGCUUUGAAACCAUUAUUAUUAAUAAUCAAUUGCGUCGUCAUUAUAUUAUUAUUAUCAAUCGUUUCUAUAGCUGAUGAAUAACAAUUUGAAGAACAGCAAGAAUUUUUCAUUUCACUUGUCACUUGUAAAUAUUCAUAUGAUAUUAUUGUAUUAGAAACAUCUUCUUAAAUAAGUUAGAUUUGUAUCUUAGAUUAUAAUUAUAUAUAUAUUUUUUUUUAUUUUGUGUUUGCACGUGCGUAAACACGAUGUGUUAGGACAACCUCUAUCUAACGAGCAACUAAUUAAUGCGAGCGACUAGAACGUGAAAACGAUUAUCCGGAAUGAGUGCCCGGAAAGGUAUUAAUUUUAUUAACAUUUUUUUCCAAAAUCAUUUUCCAAGGCAAAAAAAAUUUAUUACUUUUUUCUGCGUGGU